GAUUAUCAGGCAGGCAGAUUUUUCUUAUAGAAAGAAUGUUGUAAUUAUUGUGCUUUAUUUAGUCUAUAAUACAUUUGGAAUCUGCUUUGAUAACUACAGAAAAUAAAAGUUCUUCAACACGAUUAUUCUUCAAGCAAUUCUUUAAACGGGACAAAUACAUUGUAUCAAAUCUGCCAAAUGUCUAAGCCAAGUUGCCUUGAGGGUCACCAGGGGGGCGAGUUGGAACUGCAUCGAGAGAUAUGCGUGGUACGGUUGAUGUUCCGGUGCGACAUAUGCUACGAUGAUUACGUGAGCAAGGAAGGCAUUUGGAAUCAUCUGGACCUGCAUGAGAUUGCAGAUGAAAGUAAGGAGUUGCACUAUCAGGAAAUAAAAGCUAAGGACAAAUUGUAUCAAUGCGCACUCUGCAAUGACCAACGUGCUUAUUUGGAGAGUCUCUACUGGAAGCACGUGCAAGACGUUCACGAUGGCUUCUUCCUGCGGUGUCCUGAGUGUGGAGAAAGCUUCCGAUCCGAAAAGCUCAAGCAUGAUCAUGCCAUCAGUCAUUGUAAGACCAGGGAUCAAACGGUAACAUCGAACUGGAGUGACCUAGAAGCGGAUCGCAUAACAUUUAAACGACGAAAUCAUCAAGAUAAUGACGAAGAACAUCAAAAACGAGCCCAAACUAAUGAUAUCAAAAUGGAAAGAAAAGUAAAGGAAUCAACGCUACUGUCACACGAAGGAAAAUCAUCCAUAAAUCCAUCCACCAAAGUUGAUCCUCAAUCAAGUGAACAGUCAUUUGCCGACUUAGACUGUAAUGAUGCUACGGAUAGUCACAUAAUCAACAAGGAGUGUAAGGUGAUUCCUGUUGCUACUUUAAACAAUAAUUCUGAAGUACAAGUCCGGUCAGAGAACAUUUCGCAAACAUUUGCUGAACAUCCGCCAAACCAGCCAUAUUUGUGCGACAUUUGUGGAAGUACUUUGACCAGUUAUUCCCAGGCCAAAUAUCAUAAAUUGAAAAAGCACACGGAUGGAAAGCUCCAAUGUCCUCAUUGUUUUAGGAUGUUUCACCUGAAAAAUAAGUUUAAAUUACAUAAGUUAGCUUGCGCAGGAAGGAAAAAUGCAUGUGAAUUGUGUGGUCGAAAGUUCAAAAACCCAAUCGGUGUCAAACGGCACAAGCUACGAUCCCAUCAUGGUAAGAGACCUUUAAAAAAUGAUAAUAACGAAGGCAAUGAGGAGCAAAAUCAAAACAGUGCCGUGAAGAUGGAUUCUGAUGAAUCAUCAGCGAAUUGCAGUGUAGAUAAUUCAGCUUCGACACCAGUGAAGAGUUCCGUUGUACACGAUUCUUUGAAAGCAGUACCGCAGAUCUUGCAGCCACAGGACAAUCCAUCGAGCGGAUUAUCCAAUAUUAAGUGCUCUUACUGUACGAAGGAAUUUGCUAAUGGACUCUUCCUACGUCGUCACAUCGAACAUUGCCAUGUACCAUGCGUAUGUAACAUUUGUGAUAUUACUUUCGAAAGUUUUGUGAAAGCGCAGUAUCAUAAGAUUAAGUUGCACAAGGAACCGAAGCAUAGAUGUCCGCACUGCCCAAAAACAUUCGAAAAGUCUAUACGAUAUUCGCUGCAUUUAGCCAUUUGCAAGGAAAGGGAGUUUUCGUGUGAUUUAUGUAAUCAAAAGUUCAAAACUUUAAAAUAUGUUAAAAAGCAUAAACGUUUGUAUCAUCAAGAUAAGAAUGCGGUAAAGAAAGUGUCUAAGAAAACGACAAAGAAAGCAUCAAAGAAAGCGUCAGAGAAAGCGGUCAACAAAACUAAAAAUUGCCGUACAAAUGGCAGUGAGAAACGAAAACGAAAGCAACCCAAGAGAGGUGCAGUCGAAAAAUCACAAAACUCAAAACUAGCUGUCAUAACUGAUUGCCCGAUUUGUGGGAAAACUUUCAGCAGUCAGCACGUAGUAUCCCGACACGUUAAAGCAACUCAUCAGAUGACUAUUUGCAUAAUUUGCCGAACGACGUUCUCCAGUGCAGAUGAGCUGAUGGACCAUAAGCGCACUUGUCCUAAGAACCCACCAGAGCUCUCCGAUUCUCAAUUCGGUACAAGGAGAAUGUCACCACUAGGUGAUAAUAUUGAAAUAAAAAUGGAAAUCCAAGUAGAGGACACAAUGCUGCAGGAACAAGAAUACCAAGUUCCUAAAGAUGACCAAGGGAAAUCAUCCAUCACAACUUUGACCAAGAUGAAAUUUCAGGAUCCUGGCGGCAAAUCGAAAGACAUUGCAUCCGAAGAUGUAUAUCUUGGAAAUGGAAUCAAAAUCAAACAAGAAUGUCCAGAAGAAGAGGAGGACACCUUCAUCGAAUCUCAGAGUACAACGGAAUGUUCGGUAUGUCGUGGAGAUAGCAGCGAUCGAAACGAGCCCCCUUUACGUCAUGAAGCUGAUGAUCAGUUCAGUCCGUGUUCAAGUUGUGGGCAUAUCUUUGCCACCAGAAAAAGAAUGAAGUAUCACAUGGUCGUAAUUCCCACAGAACCAUGACAAAGUUGUUCAAAGAGCUUUCAUCUCGUCUGCAACGACGCAGAAUCACACCGACAUCCCCGAAGAAAUUUAAUUAAAUAUAGUAUUAUAACAGCUCCCUUCCUCAGAGCGGCAAG